AUGAUUAAUUCUGCAAUAUCUUUGAGGAAUUCAAGAAGCCAAUCUAUUAAUUUAGAAAGAGUCAAAAGGAGAUUUAAGGAUGAUUUAAUUGAAAAUAAUAAUUAUUAUGGUCAAAGUAUUAAAAGAAAUAAGUUAUAUGAAAAUAAAGAGAACUCGAAUUUUGAUAUUGAGAUGAAUUUAAAUAGUAGUAAAUAUAUUACCGAGGAAAUUGAUUUCGAUAUUGAUGUCUAA